CGCAGCCUCCGCCGCCAGGGCCUCCCGAGCGCCCCUCGGCCACCCCCCGGCCCGGCGACCGGCCACCUCGGCGGCGUCCGCCCGAGCCCCCGCCUCGUCCCGUCCUCGCCGCGCACGGCCGCCUGACUCCGUCCCGGACUCACUGGCGAGAGCCGGAGCCAGCUCCGCGGGGCAGCGAUGCGACCCUCCGGGCCGGCCGGCGCGGCGCUCCUGCUGCCGCUGGCUGCGCUCCUGCGGGCCGGCUGCGCGCUGGAGGAGAAGCGAGUUUGCCAAGGCACAAGUAACAGGCUGACCCAGCUGGGCACGUUUGAAGACCACUUUCUAAGCCUCCAGAGGAUGGUUAAUAACUGCGAAGUGGUCCUUGGGAAUUUGGAAAUUACCUACGUACAAAGAAAUUAUGACCUUUCCUUCUUAAAGACUAUCCAGGAGGUGGCUGGCUACGUUCUCAUUGCCCUCAACACCGUGGAGAAGAUUCCCCUGGAAAACCUGCAGAUCAUCAGAGGGAAUGUGCUCUAUGAAAACACCUACGCCUUGGCAGUCUUAUCCAACUACGGCGCAAACAAAACUGGCCUGCGGGAGCUGCCCAUGAGGAACUUACAGGAGAUCCUUCACGGUGCUAUGCGGUUCAGCAACAACCCUGUCCUCUGCAACGUGGAGACUGUCCAGUGGCAGGACAUUGUCAACAAAGACUUUCUGAGCAACAUGUCCUUGGACUUCCAGAACCGCCUGGGCAGCUGCCAAAAGUGUGAUCCAAGCUGUCCCAAUGGAAGUUGCUGGGGCACAGGAGAGGAAAACUGCCAGAAACUGACCAAAGUCAUCUGUGCCCAGCAGUGCUCGGGGCGUUGCCGUGGCAAGUCCCCCAGCGACUGCUGCCACAACCAGUGCGCAGCUGGCUGCACGGGGCCGCGGGAGAGCGACUGCCUGGUCUGCCGCAAGUUCCGAGAUGAAGCUACAUGCAAGGACACCUGCCCUCCACUCAUGCUGUACAACCCCACCACGUACCAGAUGGACGUCAACCCCGAGGGGAAGUACAGCUUUGGUGCCACCUGUGUAAAGAAGUGCCCCCGCAACUACGUGGUGACAGAUCACGGCUCGUGUGUGCGCGCCUGCGGGUCCGACAGCUACGAGGUGGAGGAAGACGGAGUCCGCAAGUGCAAGAAGUGCGAAGGGCCAUGUCGCAAAGUUUGUAAUGGAAUAGGAAUUGGUGAAUUUAAAGACACACUUUCCAUAAAUGCUACGAAUAUUAAACACUUCAAAAACUGCACAUCGAUCAGUGGAGAUCUUCAUAUCCUGCCCGUAGCAUUUAGAGGUGACUCCUUCACACGUACUCCUCCUCUAGAUCCAAAGGAACUGGAUAUUCUAAAAACCGUAAAGGAAAUAACAGGGUUUUUGCUGAUUCAGGCUUGGCCUGAAAACAGGACUGACCUCCACGCCUUCGAGAACCUAGAAACCAUCCGCGGCAGAACGAAGCAACAUGGGCAGUUUUCUCUUGCGGUUGUCGGGCUGGACAUCACCUCCUUAGGCCUGCGCUCCCUGAAGGAGAUUAGUGAUGGAGACGUGAUCAUCUCAGGGAACCAGAACCUGUGCUAUGCAGAGACCAUAAACUGGAAAAGACUGUUUGGGACUUCCGGUCAGAAAACCAAAAUUAUAAACAACAGAGGUGAAAACACCUGCAGGGCCAUGGGCCACAUCUGCCAUGCGUUGUGCUCAUCAGAGGGCUGCUGGGGCCCAGAGCCGAGAGACUGUGUCUCCUGCCGAAACGUCAGCCGCGGCAGGGAGUGCGUGGAGAAGUGUCACAUUCUGGAGGGGGAGCCAAGGGAGUUUGUGGAGAAUUCCGAGUGUAUACAGUGCCAUCCGGAAUGUCUGCCCCAGGCCAUGAACAUCACCUGCACGGGACAGGGCCCAGACAACUGCGUCAAGUGUGCCCACUACAUUGAUGGCCCACGCUGCGUCAAGACCUGCCCAGCUGGAGUCAUGGGGGAAAACAACACCCUGGUCUGGAAGUAUCCAGACGCCAGCCAGGUGUGCCACCUGUGCCAUCCGAACUGCACCUUCGGAUGUGUUGGGCCAGGUCCGGACGACUGUGUAGGCAGGCCCAAGAUCCCGUCCAUCGCCAUUGGGAUUGUGGGUGGCCUCCUCCUGCUGCUGGUGGUGGCCCUGGGCAUCGGCCUCUUCAUGCGCAGGCGCCACAUCGUCCGGAAGCGCACGCUGCGUAGACUCCUGCAGGAGAGAGAGCUCGUGGAGCCACUCACGCCCAGUGGAGAAGCUCCCAACCAAGCUCUCCUGAGGAUCUUAAAGGAAACGGAGUUCAAAAAGAUCAAAGUGCUGGGCUCCGGGGCGUUCGGCACCGUGUAUAAGGGACUCUGGAUCCCAGAAGGUGAGAAAGUUAAAAUUCCUGUGGCCAUCAAGGAAUUAAGAGAAGCAACGUCUCCCAAAGCCAACAAGGAGAUUCUUGAUGAAGCCUACGUGAUGGCCAGCGUGGACAAUCCCCAUGUGUGCCGCCUCCUGGGCAUCUGCCUGACCUCCACAGUCCAGCUCAUCACGCAGCUCAUGCCCUUUGGCUGCCUGCUAGACUAUGUCCGUGAGCACAAGGACAACAUCGGCUCCCAGUACCUACUCAACUGGUGUGUGCAGAUUGCCAAGGGCAUGAACUACCUGGAAGACCGGCGCCUGGUGCACCGUGACCUGGCAGCCAGGAAUGUGCUGGUGAAGACACCACAGCAUGUCAAGAUCACAGAUUUUGGGCUGGCCAAGCUGCUUGGAGCUGAAGAGAAAGAAUACCACGCGGAAGGAGGCAAGGUGCCUAUCAAGUGGAUGGCUUUGGAAUCAAUUUUACACCGAAUUUACACUCACCAAAGCGAUGUCUGGAGCUACGGAGUCACUGUCUGGGAGCUGAUGACCUUCGGGUCCAAGCCUUAUGAUGGAAUUCCUGCCAGCGAGAUCUCGUCUGUCCUGGAAAAGGGAGAGCGCCUUCCACAGCCGCCCAUAUGCACCAUCGAUGUCUACAUGAUCAUGGUCAAGUGCUGGAUGAUCGAUGCAGAUAGUCGCCCCAAGUUCCGUGAGCUGAUCAUCGAGUUCUCCAAAAUGGCCCGAGACCCCCAGCGCUACCUUGUCAUCCAGGGGGAUGAAAGAAUGCAUUUGCCGAGCCCGACAGAUUCCAAUUUUUACCGUGCCCUGAUGGACGAAGAGGACAUGGAAGACGUGGUGGACGCUGACGAGUACCUCAUCCCCCAGCAGGGCUUCUUCAGCAGCCCCUCCACAUCGCGGACCCCCCUCCUCAGCUCUCUGAGCGCGACCAGUAACAAUUCCACUGUGGCAUGCAUUGAUAGAAAUGGGCAGAGCUGUCCUGCCAAGGAAGACAGCUUCUUGCAGCGGUACAGCUCAGACCCCACUGGUGCCCUGACUGAGGACAGCAUAGACGACUCUUUCCUCCCGGUGCCCGAAUACAUAAACCAGUCUGUUCCCAAAAGGCCUGCAGGCUCUGUGCAGAAUCCUGUCUAUCACAAUCAGCCUCUGAAUCCCGCUCCUGGCCGUGACCCCCACUAUCAGAAUCCCCACAGCCACGCAGUGGGCAACCCUGAGUAUCUCAACACCACCCCAUCUACCUGCGUCAACAGGGCCUUUGACAGCCCUGCCCACUGGGCCCAGAAAGGCAACCACCAAAUUAGCCUAGACAACCCUGACUACCAACAGGACUUCCUUCCCAAGGAAGCCAAGCCAAAUGGCAUCUUUAAGGGUCCUACAGCUGAGAAUGCAGAAUACCUAAGGGUAGCACCACCAAGCAGUGAAUUUACUGGAGCCUGAUCAUGGAAGAGAAUAUCAGCCCUAAAAUUUCCAGACUCCUCAGCCUCCCAGGACCAAGUCAUGGCACCACCCCAGGCCUGAUUGCCACGACCAUGUCAACUCUAGGACCCGGGACCAGUUUUGCCAUGUUUGCUCCAACUGGCCCCUCUUUCAAGCAGCAAGUGCCCCCACUUGAAUGCGCUUUGGGAAGUUGCAGGUCCGUUCCUUUGCCCUCAGACUGUGAAGUUUCCACAAAAAGGCACCCAGCAAGAAUGCUGUCCAUUUGAGCAGAAGUCUGCCUUUUGGUGAGGUGCAUUUGAAAAAAAAAAAAAAUAAGGUACAAGGCAUUUUAUUGUUUGGGGAUCUUUGUGGGUUUUGUCACUAUUGAUUUUAACGGGCUCUUCUGACGAGGAAGAAGCUUGCUCAUAGCACCUGCGACACUGAGUUGAUCCAGGCCCUGCUGUGACCAAGGAGUACAGCCACAAGUCUUCCAGCUAACUCUUCAUUCCACUGGCUCUGCUUCGAGACGCGUCCACUGCAAGACAAGAAGUUUGUGUCCUUAGCAGGCCUGACUGGGACUGUAUCACAUUAUGGCAGGUACGAUAGGAUAAGCCACUUUGUCCCUUCCUGGGCAGAGAAGAAAUGGAAGGGGUAGAAUUCUUCCUCCGACUUGCUUUUGUAUAAAUGAUACCUACUCCCCACUGGUUAACCAGGGUUUUCUGCAUAGGAGCAUUAGACUUGCUUGUUUAUUUUCCAUUCCAUUGUUCUGAAACUUAGUGCACUUUCCCUGUGGCUGUCAUGACGUUGGCCAGAGGAGACGGUACAUCAGACAGUAACUGAGAUCCAGCCCGUAUCUGAUUCCUUGACCUUCAGACCUGUAGCCUGUUAUUAAGAUGGAAUACACACACACAAAUUGUCAUUUUGCUUUUAAAUUAUUUAUUGACUCUGAUUAAUUAGAGCCCCACAGUUCUGUUAUGAAAAUAUGUGAUAUUGUCCUAGUGGAAAUAAAACCACAUCCAAUUCAGUUCCAUUACAGUGCUCUUAUAGCAACUAUGCCAGCCUAGCAAAGGUACUAAAAAUAUAAAAAUAAAUAGGACAUAAUCCCUGAUUCUGAGAAAUUCACAAUUUAGCAGAGGAAAUGGACUCAUAAAUCCUAACCUUAAAACAAUAUGCUAAAUGCCAGACAAGACGUGUCAGUUGAGCACUGUGAGAGCACAAAGCAGGAGGUGGCUUCUACCAGGAGCCCUGGGAGGUCCUGCAAGGAGGCCACAUUGGAGCUGGGCCUCACAGACUGCCAGGGGCUCCACCACAGGGACAUGGCAGGUGCGUUCCCAGCAGAGGGAGCCCGACCCGCCAGGAAGGCAUCUGCCAGAGGUGUCCGCUAGUAAUCUUGUCACCCUAAGAGCCUGGGGGUCUGGCUUGCAGCACCCCACGUUUUCCAAGCAUUGCAUCCCCACUGAGGCUUUCGGGCUGUCACCUUUGAGAAUGAUUAGUGAGAGGAUCAAGAACAUUUCUAGGAGUCUGAGAUUUUAUGCCUUUGUCAGGAAACUACUUUUAUUAUUUAUUCACCUCAGCACAUUUUAGUCAGAUGUUUACUGAGAACUGGGAAACACAAUGAGUCACACUCGGCUGUCUCCUAUUGAGAAGCAGAUGAUUGAUGAGGGAUGGCAGUUGUAAGCCAAGUUAUAGCAGUUAAAUCCUAGUAUUUUUAUAGUUUGAAAUACUUUACUAUUGCACAAUAAAACAGCAAAAACUUCAAGCUUCCUUCUCCUUUAUAUUUCAAUUUUCUGGCAUAAAAUCUAGUUGCUAAUUUCCAUUUUAAUAUUGGGUUUCCCAAAAUGUUCUCACUACAUCUGUCCAUGGAGGCAUGAGGGGCUUGUGGAAGCUGCAAAGCCACAGCCCCCUCUCGGGACCCUGGCAACUGCUGUGGGCGGGCCAGGGUCCCAUCAUGUCUACAUCACAGCCCCUACUGGCCUCAUUUCAAGGCUUGUACUCUGUCAUCUCGGAUCCUCCUCAGUGACGGCCAGUCCCUAAUGCUCUCCAGACAGCCCAUCUGCUGUUUCCCCCUCAGUUCCUAAAAGACCUUCCCCCAUGGCCCCAGCCUCAGACCUGGCCUACGGAAACAGUUCACGGGAAAGUAAGACUUGGGGUUCACAUUCACCAUGGGCUGUGGUCCUCGCAUACAUCUUCUCAUAUAAUCUCUAAGGAGUCCCUGUAAUUAUACUCCAGGAAGUAAAAAAGAGAUGAAAACUUGCAAUGAAUUUGAGUUACCACUGACUGUAUAAGUAGGAGCACUGUGGAGGCGUCACGUGGACUACCAGCUGAUGAUAACAAAGCUCAGGAGUUGUCACAAGUUCUUACAUUUGUGCUUUAGCCCUGCCUCCCCCCAUCCCAAACUGCAAGUAUGAACCCACCAUGAACACAACAGCCACUGGUUCUCGAGCUUGGCAGACCUUGGGAAUCCCUUGGGUCCCAUCCAGAAACACUGAUUUUUCUCAGGUGCAGCCUGUGCCCAGGGACUUUUUGGUGUGCACCACAAGUUUCCAGAACACCUGGUAUAGAGACUAGGCCUGAGAGGUGAGCCUCAUGGCAGGCUGGGGGCCUCUGGCUGCACGUCUAUAGGAUGAAAUGGUCGUGUGAUGGUGACCUACCAGCUCACCUCACUGCAAAGAAGACUCGCCUGGGGACCUUAAAAAGAAAGGGUCUGUGGUCCCUGCAGACCAAUUCUGUCAGAAUCUCAGGGGCUCCCCAGGAGACUAUAACAAUAAGUGUUGAAACCCUCAUCUCCAGGGUCUCCUUCAGGUGUAUGAGGCUGCAAGUCUAUACCAUGUCCCCAAGUCAUGGUAGAAUAAAAGAGCCUGAGUAGGGUAGAUUCCCAUAUGCAGCAAACAGAAUGGUUUGUAGUCACUGAUAUGCCUGAGACUUGGCCACUAGUGGCCAUUCCAAAGAUGUCCAAUUUGUUGUCACCAGCAGUUUAUCUUGAAAGCUGCGAAUACCCAAAUCUGAGCCUUGAUAAAGCCUUGGGACACUGCAUUUUCUAAGUAGAUUAUAAAAAUCAAUUUCUUCCCUCCCCCUCAUGAAUGAGUUGCUCCCUCUUAAGCGGCAGCUAUGACAUUGCCCUUAAUGUCUACUUUGCAUUUCUUUCUUGUGAUAAGCACAUGUUUUUUAUCACAAUAUAAUGAUCUGUUUAUAUUUCCUUGCCUGGGGACUGUAAAUCCUUACUGAAUAGAAAUCCCUGCCUCUUUUACCAGCCACACCUGCCAUACAUCUUGGAACUAUUAAAAGACACAUUCAGACAGGACUUUUAAAUGUAAAUCUAUUUUUAUAACUUUUUUGUGGGGGGUAUUGUCCUCUUUAUGUAGCACUGAACUUUGUAAAGUAUAUUUUUAGGAAACUCAUUUUCUACUAAAGGAAACAGUUUACUUUAGAAAGACUGCAACAGAAUCAAAAUUUGAAACUGAAAUCUCUGUUUAAAAAGAUUAAAUUGUAGCAAGAGAAGAGUCUUUUCUCUCUUAUAAAGAGGUACAACUUCAUUGCAGAGCUAAGCUAGGUCACUGCCAUGGUGAAAAGGAGAAUCGUCAUUCUUAUAUUCACACAACUAGAAAAGAUGGAAAGCACAUUUAGCUUAGAAUUGGCCUGGAGCAAGGGCCAGCCUGUGGCUCACUCGGGAGAGUGUGGUGCUGAUAACACCAACGCCGCGGGUUCGGAUCCUAAAUAUGGAUGGCCGGUUAGCUCACUGGCUGAGCGUGGUGCUGACAACACCAAGUCAAGGGUUAAGAUUCCCUUACCGGUCAUCUUUUAAAAAAAAAAAAAAAAAAAAGAAUUGGCCUGAAGCAGGUACAGUUGAGUCUGUUCAGGGCACUGUUAAUGGAAAGUGUAUACCGUACUCUGAUCAUCUAUCAAUAUGACCCUAUCAGUGUAAGAAAAGCAAUAAUACAGCACUUUGCUGGUUUAUGUAUACUAGUCUGACUUCAAUGCAGAUUAUUUUAUUUUUGUAUUUACAGUUGAUAUGCAUUUACCCCUAUAGACUAGAAAUACGUGGAGAGCCCUAAUAAUGUUCAGCAUGUUUUGGUUAUGCAAUAUAUCGAUGAAAUCCAUCAACAGUCUUACCAAGUCUAAGCAGGGCCACCCUAGAGAAGGGGUUCUCAGCCUGGCUGCACAGUGAAGUCACCUGAGGAGCUUUUAAAAAUCUUCAAGGCCAGCUGCACUUCAGACCAAUUAAAUACAUACAAGUCUCUAGGGGUGAAACCCAGGCAUUUGUACUUUUUAAAGCUCCUGAGGUCAUUCCAAUUUGCAGCCAAAUUUGAGAACCACCAGCCUAGGGAUUAGCCACAGGGACUGGGACUUGCUGGCUAUUUCUGCAGGUGUAGGUAACUCCUGGGCCCAGAGGACUCAGCAUCUGGUACAGAUUCAGGAACCUGGAGAGUGUACAAGAUGCUUGGUCAAGAAGGGAGAGUGUCUAACCAGUCAAUUAAAAGCAAAGGAAAUGGGAAACAGGUACCUUUUUUCUAGUUCUCUCCACGAAAGGUGGACUGGCAAUAAAAUAAAAUAUGUAUUCUUGCUGCUUGUGCAGCUGACAUCAUUGCCCUCUUUGAGCAACCAAGCAACCUUUAUUUCCGGGGUGGAUGAAAACAUUGACCUAUCAGUUACAUUACAAAAGGCAGACUUCAAGUGGUUUGCAUAAGUAGUUGGAGGUCUUUUAUAAAAACGAAAAUCCAAAAAGAGGAUUAUUGCUUUAAGAAACACUUUUUUAUACUUUUUUCAUAACUUACACCUGGAUAAAAACUGAAGUAGCUGGGUUUUUUGUUUUGUUUUUUUCUCCCAUCCAUAUCUGCACAGCCAUACUGUGUCCUCUGAGGUCGAAAAUCUGCCCUGUCUCAAUUACCAGCAGAAGUACUAAUAAUCUCCUUCCUCUCACCUAGCAGACAACACUACAGGAGAAAACUUAAAUACAUACAUUUUUCGAUUAAUUAUUUUAAAACAAAAACCCUAUUGACCUGAUUUGGCUACGAAAUAAUCUUGCUGUAUAAUAUAAUCUCUUGGAAACGAAGAGAUCCUGUGGAUCUGAUGGCUGGUAUUAGAGGUGAUGAUGGAACUAACAACAGACAGCAAUAACUUCAUGUUAGAAACAUUCUAGCGAUAGCGUUCUAGCUUCUAAUAUGGUACAUUUUAACCUUGUAAAGUUUUGCAAUGAUGAAAACAGUAUUUGUACAAAUGAAAAAAAGCAAGAUUCUCUUUUAUGUGGUUUGUACUGUUGAUCAGAACAUGUUGAUUGU